AAAAAGAAAUGCAGACCGGGGGGAUUUCUUAUAGGGCAGCACAACCAGAACCUAACUUGUUACGGUUUAAAGUAUCCGAUUCUUCUCGCCGUGUUUUAUUUAUCCUCGAUUGGAAGAUGACCACAGCCGUGGUGUCGCCUUUCUUCGACUUUAGCGAAGUGAUCAACAACAAGAACAAAAUGCUGAACUUCAAUAAUAACAUCCUCAGUACUCCACACCCUGACUCUGUCCCUUGCACGGGGCCAAGUCUGCCCAUCUCCAACCCCACUGGGUGCCUGCUGGACAGGAAGGCUGUGGGGACACCCUCAACUAUUGGGGUUUACCAGCGCCGGCAUUCCGUCACUUCGGCUAGCAACAAACUCAACCAAAACCAGUUCUUGAACAUUGCUAACGCAGAUCCAUCCCUGCUCGGCUCAGGGAUGGGAACCACCGGUAGCAGCAACAAAGAGAACCGACUUCGAGACCGCUCGUUCUCGGAGACAGGGGAUCGCCUGCUACAGAAGUGUUUGGGCCCUGGAGGCCCCAACAGCCAGGUCAACUCAAGCCGUUACAAGACAGAGUUAUGCAGGCCAUUCGAGGAGAAUGGCACCUGCAAGUACGGUGACAAGUGCCAGUUUGCCCAUGGCAUUCAUGAGUUGCGCAGCCUAAGCCGCCAUCCUAAGUACAAGACCGAGCUGUGCCGCACAUUCCACACCAUCGGCUUCUGCCCCUAUGGCCCACGCUGCCACUUCAUCCACAAUGCGGAAGAGCGCCGUGGACCUCCACCAACCCCGUCCCCCCUUUCGUCCUCCAAUAAGAUGGAGAGGCCACGGCUGCAACACAGCUACAGCUUUGCGGGGUUCCCCAGCUCUGAAGGCUUGAGGAACAGCCCCACCUCCGUCACCCCUCCACCUAUAUUUUCCCCAGACGAUCUGCCUGAGUGGCCUAGCAGCAACCCCUUUACGUAUUCCAGCCAGGAGCUGGCCAACUUCUUCAGUCCCAGCCAGGGCAACGCACCUUUAUCCUGCUCCGACCCUUGCACCCAGGCGCCACCUUCCCCGACAACCCCUUACUACUUCAGGGCCAUGUCAGAGUCUCCCCAACUCUAUGAGUCUCCAUCCAGUCAGCCAGACUCACUUUCUGACCAAGAGGGCUACCAGAGCAGCUCGAGCGGAAGUCUGAGCGGCUCCGAGUCUCCCAUCCUUGACACCACCCGCCGACUGCCCAUCUUCAGCAGGCUUUCCAUCUCUGAUGACUAAAGCACAUUGAGCCAGACCCCAUCCCCCUUUUCCACUGCAUGCAGCAGUCUUGUGCAGAGAGGAUGAGAUGCUAGCACCUCUCACCAUUUCUCUGGCACCCUAGAAGCCGUACACUUCCCUCCUUGUAUCACCUCCGCUCUGAAACCGAUGCAGUGAAUUAAGGGAUCUUUCUCUUUUUGAAUACUCUUUUUAACCAGAACAAGCUAAAACUCUCCCGGCCUCAAGGCUCUUCUGUUUUCCGGGCCUCGUCUUGCAGAGCCCCUGCUAUGUUCUUGGUGUGACUGUGCCAAACACGCAGAGUAGGAAGUGGAUUAGCAAAAUGCUAAUCGUGAGAGGUAUGAGACCGUUGUGCCAGGUGCCACAGCUGCAGUCAAGUGUAGCGGAGCCAGUGGCACGGUUAUGGGAGAGAUCUGUGCCCAUCCCCCUCACAAAUUACCACUCUUCUCAAGGACACACUUUCAUAACUAACUAAAGCUCACAAGUGUCAUGCUUGGACCUUUCACAACUGUCUUUGUAGACCAGCUUAAAGCAAAAAGAGGAAAAGAAUAUGAAAAGAAAAAAAAAGACAAGUGCCUGGGGUUAAGUGUUGGGGUCAAUGGACCACAGUUUCUUUUAUCUUUCCUUUUUUUUUUUUCGUUCCUCGUGGCCUGAUUAUGUAGCUCUUGUUUUGAGUGUGUGCUCUCCCUCCCUUGAAAUUGCAGAUUACACCAGUCUGCAGGAAGGACUUCUCUCAUAAGGGUUGAAUGAGAAUGGAGCUCUGGAAUAUUUCAGGCACAUUCAAAUGUUCAGUCAGGUGCUGUCUGUUCCGUGUCUCGCCUACAGCCAGCACAAACCCCUGAGAUGGGAUGUCUCCACUCGAAAAUGAACAAUUCCUUAACCGUUUCCUUUUUGUUGUUGUUGUUGCUGUUAGUGCCCCUUUUCCCCAUUAGUUGCUGGUUACUUAAAGUUUGUUGGGAAGGGAAUCUUGUUAUUAAACCUUGAGACAAACUCUUUCUUCUGUCCCACCUCAAAACGCCACCUUCUCUCGGGCAAAUCCGCAAACAGAGGGAGAAUUCCAUCAUUCCCAAGGUGCAGUUCAACCUCCUCCAGCUUCACUAUAGUUCUUCAUGCAAGCACCCCCCCCCAACCCCACCGUGUAGAUUCUGCUCAGAGGAGCACUUUGUAAUUUCAUCAUCUUUCCACCUCUUGGUUUUUAUUUUUAUUUUUUAUUAUGGUUAUUGUUUAUUAUUAUUAUUAUUAUUAUUAUUAUUAUUAUGGUUAUAUUAUUGUUAUUGUUUGAAAACCUUUCAGAACAGAAGGGUUUGCUUGUCACUGCUUAUUUAACUUAUCAAAACAUAUUUAUUGGUGAUCAUAUGCAUUUUUUGUUAAUUUUGUUUGUAUUUAUCUUGAUAAUGAAACGAUAGAAUAUAUUUUCUUUUAUGUUAAAUUAUGAUCUUCUGUAUUAAUCUUAAGAUUGUGAAGACUUGUCCGCUUUCUUUUUUCACAGUUUAAUAUAUUGUACUACAAUGACUUUUGUUGGCAACUACACUUAAAUGAAACUUAAUUUAAAGCAAAAAAGCAAAAACAAAAAAAUCCUCUGCAUUUUGAUUUAUUUAUUGUAGAUUUAUUGUCAUUCCCUUUUCUCGAAUAAUUGACUGCAAAAUCAGUACCAACUACAAAAUCAACUACCAUACAACAAUUCCUUGACUCACAGGAGUGUCAGAAGUUAUCCCACAAUUUAAGGUAUUUUUAUUUUUAGGUGAGCUUAGGCCCCACUUGUAGCAAUUUAUGUGGCAGUGAAAAAUCUUGCUUUUCAAACGGUGAAUUUUUAUUGUGAAAAACAAACUUGGAUUACCAAUCCAGUUUACUGAAUGCCUGAGCCUGAUGAUAGAUUUGAUCUAUGGAACAAAUAAUUUUUUUUUUUUUUUUUUUAAACAAGUUGAUCUAAGAUACAAAAGUUUAGUGGCCUUAAAACGCAUGCAACACAUUUUAAAUACCACCAUGAAGUGUUUUUUUUUUUUUUUUUUUUUUUUUUUUUUUAUGUUCAUAAAGGUUUAAUGAUGUAAUAAACCUCCAGUGUUAAAACAGUUUAUUUGGUUUAUGGUGGUGGACAUGAUGAAAGGCAGGCAAUAAUUGUGACCUAAUGAGUUGAAGUUCUGUUGUCUUUGGACAUUUGGAGCUUUUGGCCUAUAUGUAAAGUGCCUCUUUUACACAUUCCAAGAGCAAGCAUUCUUUGCCUUAAAUAAAGCCGGGAUGCUUUUUUUUAAUGACUUACUGCUUGUAUCCUCAGUGGUUUAAGCAAUGAUUGUCCAAGUUGGUUAACAGUAUAGACACAAAGAAAGUAUCUGAAGAGUUGAAUGUAUUUUGUUUUCAUAUAAACAGCUAUUGUUGUUCACUACAGUAAUUUUUAUGAGUUUAUAUAAGAUUGAUCUCUCUUUUGUAAUGACUGAUUGCAGUUAAAACCAAUAAAAACCCAUAUUUUUCAGAAAAUAAA